GUCAUGACGGAAGUGCUCAGACGUCAGCAUGCCCGGGCUCCAGUUGCAGCCUCUCGGCGGCCCCCAGCUCCCAGUGAUGAGGGGAUGGCGGCCGAAACGAUGACCGUGUUCAUCAAGCUGCUGGCGGCCGCCUUCUACGGGGUCAGCUCGUUCCUCAUCGUGGUGGUGAACAAGAGCGUUCUGACCAGCCGCAGAUUUCCCUCCUCACUAUGUGUUGGACUGGGUCAGAUGCUGGCUACGGUCGUUGUGCUCUGGGUGGGAAAGGCACUCCGGGUUUUACAUUUUCCAGACUUUGACAGACACAUACCACGAAAGACUUUUCCCCUGCCUCUGCUGUAUUUUGGGAAUCAAAUCACAGGAUUGUAUAGCACAAAGAAAUUGAAUCUUCCCAUGUUCACAGUGUUGAGACGGUUUUCCAUCUUGUUUACAAUGAUGGCUGAAGGCAUGUUGCUCAAGAAGAAGUUCUCUCGUGGGAUCCAAAUGACAGUAUUUUCUAUGAUUCUCGGAGCAUUUAUAGCUGCAAGUGCUGACCUUGCUUUCGACCUAGAGGGAUACAUAUUUAUCUUGGUGAAUGAUGUCUUAACAGCCGCCAACGGUGCUUAUGUCAAACAGAAGCUAGAUUCUAAGGAAUUGGGGAAAUAUGGGCUGCUUUAUUACAAUGCACUGUUCAUGAUCCUUCCAACUCUGGGCAUUGCGUAUGUCACUGGCGAAAUCCACAAGGCUGUGGAGUAUGAAGGAUGGAAUGACUUUUUCUUCAUCGUUGAGUUUACCAUGUCCUGUGUAAUGGGGUUUAUUCUAAUGUAUUCUACGGUUCUAUGCACUCACUAUAAUUCUGCCCUGACAACUACUAUCGUUGGCUGCAUUAAAAAUAUUUUGAUUACUUACCUUGGAAUGUUUUUUGGAGGAGAUUACAUCUUCACUUGGACAAACUUCCUGGGAUUAAAUAUCAGCAUUGCUGGAAGUCUGGUCUAUUCCUACAUAACAUUUACAGAAGAGCAAUUGAGUAAACCCUCCGAGGCAAUCGCAAAGCUGGACAUAAAAGGGAAAAGCGCUGUGUGAUUGGACAGACAAUCCGAUUGGUCCAUGAUACUCUGUUCAUCGGGAGUACGACUAGCACACUUAAAAAGGCUAUUGCUAAUUUGCACAUUUAUCAGAUUGAAAUAAUCGAUGCCUUUUUAUACAUAUUUUAGACAUGUUCUUAGAGAAACUAAUUUAAAGAGCAGUAAAAAAAAUCCUUAUUUUUGUAAUAACACAAUUGUUUGAAUUUUCAAAGCAUUUCAAUCAGAAACGAGGCUGUAUAGGAGGAUGUAUGGGAUCCACCUAUAGUCUAACAAAGAUCAAAGUUUUUUUUUAAGAUGUAUUCAUGUGGUUAAAUAUAUUUCAGAUCGGUUUGGACUGAUAUCAGUCAGAUGCAACAAACUGGCCUCUGAUGGGUUUUAGUUAAUUAAUUGUGUACAAGACGGGCUGCAAUGGCAUACCUUGCCAUUCGGACCGUUCGUCUGAAUCAGAUGCCUUUUAAUCCACACCCAGACAAAUUGGUCAACUGGGAUUUACCUGUGGAAUCUUAUAAAUAUAUAUCUUCCUAAUGACCUUUGCAGUUGGGUCUAUAAGGGAAAAUGAAUGCACAACCGUGGAUUGACUUGUAUUAACCACUAGUUGGGUUGGGUUUUAUUUUAUAUAAUGUAUGAUGCAAAUUAUUUUAAUAAUUUUGGAACAAGAACUAGUGUUGAUGAUCUGUUUAAAUCUGCAGAUUUAAAGGGAAAUUUUCAUACUAUGUAUAUUUUUUUUUUUUUGUAGUUUCUUUAAUAUUAUUUUGUCACUUAAAUCGUUUUUGCUGCUGUGACUCCAUAAAAUCACAAAGCCCAUGCGUUAUAGCCACACAACUUUAAAUUUUCUGUGUUGACGCUUCAACGUACCCCAUCUUGCUGCACUAAAGUCAGGUUAAAAUAGAUUUUCAAAGUGCAUUUUUCCGUGCUCGUGUUGAAGAACCGCUAGUAAAUCUGGGCGGGAUACAUCAAUUAUGCUUCUCAGAGUACAUUCUCAGCGGCAUUUUAAAGAAAUAACCUUGCCAUACAGUACAAAGCAUGCCGAUUUAACCGGUUAGCAGCCAGUUUUAUUAUGUCAUGUGUAUGAUAUCCCGGCCAACUAAGUGGAACCGUGUUCUUCCCAUAACCCCUAACAUACAAUACAAACAUAGUUUCAUAACAUUGUAGUGUUGGGCUAUCUUUUAGAGUCCCCGGACCCUAGUGGCCGUCUGAGUGAAUGCCGCUAAAGAUGUACCUAGGAAGCAAUGUAAACACUGCCUUUUCUCUGAAAAGGCAGUGUUUACAGUGCUGACACUGCAGGGACUGACUACAGAAACCAGCUGUUCUGGUUGUUUUAACUGCUGUUUUUGUUUUUAUUUAUUUUUAGUUCUUCAUAUGGGCAACAGGACAUUCCUGUCUACUUGAUUCCACUGGUUAGACAUGUAGAAUGUACACAAUCAGUAAAUGACAUUACAUAUACUCUGACUCAAUGUCAAGUUCAGAGCGAUACAAAUAGGCAGUUUGUGUAACUUUAAUACACAUUUGAACUGCUUACUGUACUAUUAUGUAAACAUUAAAUUAAAGGGACACUAUAGUCACCCAAAAAACUUUAGCUUAAUGAAACCGUUUUGGUGUGUAGAACAUGCCACUGCAGUCUCACUGCUCAAUUCUUUGCCAUUUGGGAGUUAAAUCACUUUGUUUAUGCAGCCCUAGUCACAUCCUCCCUGCAUGUGACUUACACAGCUUUCCAACACUUCCUGCAAAGAGUCUUCGAAUGUUUACACUUCCUGUAUUGAAAAUACUGUUUCAUUUAGAAUUUCUCAUCUCCUGCUCUGUUAGUAGCUUUCUAGAUCCCGCAGGAGCCUCUUGUACGUAAUUAAAUUUCAAUUUACAGAGCAGGAGAUAAAAACUUUUACAGUAAGUUACAUCUGAUUGAAAGUGAAACCAUUUCUUUUCAUGCAGGCUAUGUGAGUCACAGUCAGGGGAGGUGUGGCUACGCCUGCAUCAACAAAAAUCAAGUGAUUUAACUUCUAAAUGGUGGAGAAUUGAGCGUUGAGACUUCAGGGGCAUGAUCUAUACACCAAAACUGCUUUAUUCAGCUUAAGUUGUUUUGAUCACUAUAAUGUCCCUUUAAUUUAUCAGUAGUCCUUUAUUCUGUGCAAGCUUGUAAAAUACAGCUUUUUAAUUUUAUUUUUAUUUAUUUUUUAGUGAAAAUUUCCUUUUAAAUGCCUGAGAAGCAGAGCGAUAAAAAGUUGUGACAUAAAACUUCUUUAUCUGAAAUGGCAUUCAAACGUGGUUUAUGAAAUGUUCUGAGAGUGUUGUUUUUUUUCUGAGGCUUUUAUAAAACAAACCAAAUUUCUCCCUGACCAGACCUCUCUAUUGGAGAAAAGAUCGCCUCUGUUCUAGGAGCAGGCAUGGUCCGCUCGGAAUUAUUCAUGAAAAAAACAUGAAUGUAGCUACUUCGUGAGAUCAUAACCAACUUCCAAGAUUCUUCAUGCAUCUCCUAAUAGGUUUCAUUUAUGUUUUCAUGAAUGGAACAUCUUGGCAUGACAUUGCAUGAUCGUUUUGUUUUUAUUUUCUUCACUAAUCCAUUAAAUCCACCCCCUGUAGGCAAUGAAUGUGAAAAUAAUCAUUGAGAUAAAUUAUCUAUUCAGUUCAAUAGUUCCUUGGUAUAGAACCUACUAACCUUGACUGCAGCAUUGCACUGUCUGCAGAUCUGUGGGUGAAACAUUAUAUUAACACCUACCUACAGUUUCCCCUGUGUUCCGAUUUCAUUUGUUCUGCUUGGGAACAUUUUCCUAAACACAGCAGCUAUCCACCAUGGCACAAACAUGCCAGCAUUUGGACAAAUAUCAGUUAUGUCAUACUUUUCUCUUUCCCCUCCAUCCCAUGCUAAAAGAAUUAGUAACCAACUUACGUGCUGUGGUUGCUUUGCCAGCGAGUUGGAGAUCUGCCUAUAUGAGGGUUCUCCUGCUCUCCCUUGUCAGUCAACUGCUGGUAUAAAGAUCCAUGCCAAAGAAUUUGACUGGUGAGGAGUGACCCAUUUUAAAUACAUUUUGUUAGCUUUGUUGAUCCUUUAAAAAAAAAUAUAGUUUGUGCCUUUUUUACAUUUAUUUUCCCCCCCCCAAGGGACUGCCUUUUCAAUUAAAUUAGAUCUGUUGUUUGUUUCUGGAGUAUUACAGGGGCCUGCAAAGCUGUGGUUUGUGGCUCUGGCAAUCAAUGGAUUAACCGUAUUAGUUUGCGAGCAAUAAUGAUCACCUUUUAUACUUUAAAGUGUUCAUCUCCUAUUAUCACAGUCCUGUAACUGUUCAAUAGUUGAUCUCUUGUAUAGAUUGUUUUAUUUUUUUAUAUUGUACAUUAGCCCUUUGACUGCUAGAAGGGAUAAAGUAUUGCUCUAAUCAGAAAGUGUUACAUGUUUAUAAGAGGUCAAACCAGUUUCUAUACAUAGAUUUUAACGCCCUAGCUCUGCGUCUAAGGGAUUUUAUAUAGCAUAGGUUACAAUGCAACAAAUGUGAAUUAAAAUGGUAGAAUUUUGGGUGCAGAGAGUUAAAGGAAAGCUAUUAAGUAUUGAAGAGGCCUUAUUCAUUUCAAGUAUUGGCAUUUCCAUUUGUACAUGUAAUCUAUGUCAAACAAUUUUACUCAUUAAAAAUUAUAUAUAUAUUGUAA